UUGGCGAUAUCUCACCAGAGCGUAGUAUUUGAGGAGCAAACCGAGCUGUCGAAUUCUGGAUCGAGAAAAGAGGCGGUACCAGCACAGAGUCCUGAUAUCGCAAGAUACUCCCGAAAGACGAGACGAGACGAGACGAGACGCGAACACAGGUGAAAACACCAAACGAAACCACAGGCCUAGGCGAUCCCGCAUACUGAAUCAUGGCCGAGAAUACCACAGAGAUCAAUCGGUCAUUCUUCAAUGACGAGGCGUCAACGUACGACUCCAAGCACGGCAAACUUCUCGAACGCCUCAUCCAGGAACUCCAAGCUCGACGGGAUUGGAUCGGCGUCGAUUGGGCGGACGGCGAUGACAGCGCCGAAGAAGAUGACGAGCACCUGGACGACAUUCAGUCAAAAUCAACGGAAGCGAAGAAGGAAGUGAGGUUGCUAGACUACGCGUGUGGAACUGGCAUGAUCUCGAGGGCGCUGGCUCCUUACACGACGCAAUGCAUCGGUAUCGAUGUAUCAGAGAACAUGGUCGCGGCAUACAACUCGCGUGCCGAGAACCAGGGCCUUUCGCAACAGGAGAUGCACGCCGUCAUAGGUGACCUCUUAACGCCGCAGCCGACGGGCAAUCUGUCGGAACCAGACUUUUUUGGGUUCGACUUGGCAGCUGUUGGGGGCGGCUUUCAUCACUUCGCGGACCCGGAGCAAGCCUCCGUGAGACUAGUAAAACGCCUGCGACCUGGCGGCGUCCUCCUAAUCUGGGACUUCCUGCCGCACGGACCCCGGAGCGGGAACGACGCCGCCCACUACGGUGUCAUGCACCACGGUCUUUCCGAGGAGAGGGUCCGUAACAUGUUCGAGCAAGCCGGUGCCGGGACCGGCUUCGCGCUCGAGGUUAUCGGCACCCACACCCUUCCCAAUAGCCAUCAGCAUGGCCAGCGUGGCCACGCGCACGGCGGCGAGGACCACGCAGGCCCCGCGGCGAGACACAUAUUCUUCGCUAGAGGCCAGAAGGCAGCGUGAGCUCGUGAUCUUCCCCCAAGACGGAAGAAGGCU